CUGACUACAUGCUUCAGAUGUGCUCCAGCUUGGAGUAGACAAGAGAUUUUAUCUCCUGGCCCUGUGGGAGAAGAGGCUGCCCAAGGACUGCUAUGGACCUGCUGUAGAAAUGUGGACAUCUAUGAGCAGAUUGCCAUGGGGGGUGCAGGAGAAGGCUAUGAGAGGGACCAGCAGCAGUGCUGCAUGAAAGUGAAAGAAAUGCAUCAGACACAUCAGAAGACUAGGGAGGCCAACAAUUCAUCCAGUGAGCCACAGACCUGCUGCUUUUACAAAGAACUGGAUGCCAUGCUUGCUAGAGAGCCCACAGACCACCACGAAUCCCUCCAAGGAAUUGGAGUCAUGGCCCCAUCACAUGAAUGGGAGAUGUAACCAGGGGUUCAGCUAAGCUGCAAGCCAGCCUGUUUGAGGCUACACCUCAGUCCUGGCAGUCAAACAUGGGCAAGUCGGCUGCAGGAUGAUGGCUCCUCGGUUGCUGUAGCCUUGAGGGGUUCCCCCUUCACAUGUGUGGAAUGACUAAGCCAGAUAAGGAGGAGAAAGAAAAGGACUUGGAAUGUCAUGUUUAGUGAGUUCCUGCAAGCCAGUGCUGCAUGAGACUGUGAGCAAAGGGCCUGAAGGGUGAACAUUGCAGACAGCCUGGAGAAGGAAAGAAUGAACAAGAGUCCCAGCAGGAAAAGGAGAUUCAUCAGGACAUAAUGGGGCUUCUCUGGCAGCGCAAACAGAUGCUGCGACUCUUGUGGACCUACAGGUUCAACAAUCACCAGCUCACUUCCCUUUGUACUCCACAGAAAACUUCCAUUACAGCAUCCAAAUGGCGUUGGGUGCCACAUCCCUACCCCUACCACUCCGCCCUGACAUUAAGGACAACCACUGCUUCAUGUAUACUGACCUGUGAAAGCCAUAGUUGCUAUAUGUAUAGAUGAUAUUAACGGUGUUCUUGAGCAACAACGAACAGAUUUUGACAGAAGUUCCAAUUACACCAGAAACAACCUGUCGAGAUGUUGUGGAGUUCUGCAAAGAACCCGGCGAAGGAAGUUGCCAUCUGGCUGAAGUGUGGCGUGGAAAUGAACGCCAUAUACCCUUUGAUCACAUGAUGUAUGACCAUCUACAGAAGUGGGGACCCCGCAGGGAAGAAGUGAAAUUUUUUCUUCGGCAUGAGGAAUCUCCAGCUGAAAGCAAUGAACAGAGUGGGCGUCAGACCCAAAAUCAGAGAAAUGGAAUAAAUAUACCUGUGGAGAAACGUACAGAGAAUGGGGUUGGGAAUCCACGUGUUGAACUCACACUCUCAGAACUUCAAGAUAUGGCUGCCAGACAACAGCAGCAGAUUGAAAACCAACAGCAAAUGUUGGUUGCUAAGGAACAACGUUUACGUUAUCUGAAGCAGCAAGAACGCCGUCAGCAGCAGUCUAUUUCCGAGAGUGAAAAGCUUCAAAAACUUAAAGAACGGGUGGAGACCCAGGAGUCAAAGCUGAAAAAAAUACGUGCCAUGAGAGGACAAGUGGACUACAGCAAGAUCAUGAAUGGCAAUCUGUCUACUGAAAUUGAGCAUAUCAGUGCCAUGUUCCAGGAGAAGCAGCAGGAGUUACAAGCUGCAGUGUUAAAAGUGGAUCAGCUAACUCAGCAAUUGGAGGACUUAAGGAAAGGGAAAUUGAAUGGAUUCCAAUCUUAUAACGGACAGAUGACAGGACCUGCAGCUGUAGAAUUAAAAAAGUUGUACCAAGAACUACAGAUUCGUAAUAGGCUUAACCAGGAGCAGAACUCCAAGCUUCAGCAGCAGAAAGAACUUUUAAACAAACGUAACAUGGAGGUGGCUAUGAUGGACAAGCGUAUCAAUGAGCUGCGUGAGCGACUAUACAAGAAAAAAGUUGAGGCACGUCAAAAAGAAAACAUUCCUUUAAAUCGUAUUAAUGGAACAUCAUCGCCCCAAUCAUCUCUGACUGCUUCAGGAAGAGUAGCAGCAGUGGGGCCUUACAUCCAAGUUCCUAGCGCUGGCAGUUAUGCUGUACCAGUAGACCCAGUGAAACCACAGUCUCUCACCAUUGCUUCCACUGCGACUCAUGGGAGAUCAAAAUCUGAGACAGAUUAUGGGUGUGUGAAAAAAUCUCCAGGAACCUGGAAGAUUUCUGAUUUAGACAUAAUAGUGGAUCCUAUUCUGUCACCUCCCACUUCCUCUCUUCAGUCUGCUGUUCAAAGUGUCAUCUGCCUGGCACCUACUCUGUCUGACACCCUGCACUAUGAUGGUAAUAAAAACAAGGUGCACAGUUUAUGGACCGUGUCAGAUCUUGAUGUCGGCCCUGACUACAGCACUUCCUGGCAUUCUGCAAACUCUGAAAAGCAGUUUCUGGACUCUAAUGAUGGAAAUUGGCCGACACUUAAACAGAGUUCAACUCCCGUGGUAAAACCACCUCAAAUCUCCAAUGCAGACUGGAAGGAAUCAAGCAUGGAUACUGCUUUAAAACAAGGAACUGUAUCCAGUCAACCUUUGCCAUCUUCAGUAUUAGGAAGUACUGAUAAACUGGGCCUUGAUAUGGGGAAAGUGCCACCUACUAUCCCUGGUGUAAGUAAGCAGUUGCCUCAAAACUAUGGAACCUAUCCAAGCCCUGUUCCUUUAGGAACAGGUUCUACAAAUUCACUGGAAAGGCGGAAGGAUGGCAGCCUACCAAGACCUGGCUCCAGUAUAACAAAUCGGCAAAGACCUAUUCCAUUACCACCAUCGAGCAAUAUACAUCAGCCUAGUUCCUCACAGCAGAUACAACAGAGAAUUUCUGUACCUCCUAGCCCUACUUAUCAACCUUCUGGUCCCUCCUCAUUUCCUGGCGGAGAUGGCAGGCCUGAGCUCCCUUUAACUGUGGCUAUCAGGCCUUUUCUAGCUGAUAAAGGAUCAAGGCCUCAGUCUCCAAGAAAAGGACCUCAAACAGUGAACUCCAGUUCCAUCUACUCAAUGUAUCUUCAGCAAGCAACACCACCAAAGAACUAUCAACAGGCUGUAUACAAUACCCUAAAUAAAUCAGUAAAAGCAGUUUAUGGAAAACCUGUCCUACAGUCUGGUUCAACCUCUCCAUCACCUUUACCAUUCCUUCAUGGAUCUUUGCCCACCCACACAUCACAGCCACAGUCUCAGCCUCAGAUUGAGUUCACUGAAAAAGAUCAAGAGCUGGAAAACAUUCCACCAUCAGGUGAAAAUAGCAAUGUGGAAAACAUUCCUCGCCCUCUCAGUCCUACUAAGCUUACACCUAUUGUGCAUUCACCCCUACGAUAUCAAAGUGAUGCUGAUCUUGAAGCUCUUAGAAGAAAAUUAGCCAAUGCUCCUAGGCCAUUAAAGAAGCGUAGCUCUAUCACUGAACCUGAAGGGCCUAGUGGACCAAAUAUACAAAAGCUACUGUAUCAGCGCUUUAAUACACUUGCUGGAGGAAUAGAAAGUGCUCCUUUUUAUCAACCAAGCAACCCACAGGAAUUUAUAGGCAACUUAGCAGAUGUUGAUAAUGGAAACACUAGCACCAAUGGCAAUAUUGAAGAACCUAUUUCUGUGCAACCCACAGUUGCUCUUCCUGAUGAACCUCCUCCUUCAUCAGACGCCAAUGAUAAUGAAUUACCUUCUCCUGCCACUGAGGAACUGAUUAGCACUGAAACCACUAACCAAACCUCUGAGACAACUGAAGACAAUAAUAACAAUCCUGCUGUAGUCCCUUCCACUGAGCAAUCACCCAGUCCCAUACCUGAGGUCAGCUCCCCAGUAGAAGAUGAAAUUCCGGUGCCACCAGCUGUUCCUCCUCCACUUCCUCCAACUAAACGUACCAACCUGAAGAAACCUAACUCUGAACGAACUGGUCAUGGUUUGAGGGUAAAGUUCAACCCUUUAGCCCUCCUGCUUGAUGCUUCUUUGGAGGGAGAAUUUGAUCUGGUACAAAGGAUCAUUUAUGAGGUUGAUGAUCCCAGCAAACCCAAUGAUGAAGGAAUUACCCCUUUGCAUAAUGCAGUGUGUGCUGGUCAUCACCACAUUGUAAAGUUCCUGCUUGAUUUUGGUGUUAAUGUGAAUGCAGCAGACAGUGAUGGAUGGACGCCUUUGCAUUGUGCAGCUUCUUGCAAUAGUGUUCAUCUCUGUAAACUACUUGUAGAAUCCGGGGCAGCAAUUUUUGCUUCAACUAUAAGUGAUAUAGAAACUGCUGCGGACAAGUGUGAGGAGAUGGAGGAGGGUUAUAUUCAGUGUUCCCAGUUCUUGUACGGAGUACAGGAGAAGUUGGGAGUCAUGAACAAAGGAGUAGUGUAUGCUCUAUGGGAUUAUGAAGCCCAGAAUAAUGACGAGUUGUCAUUCCAUGAAGGAGAUGCCAUUACUAUCCUGAGACGUAAGGAUGAUAAUGAAACAGAAUGGUGGUGGGCUCGACUCAAUGAUAAAGAAGGUUAUGUGCCUAAAAAUCUUUUGGGGCUAUAUCCAAGAAUAAAGCCUAGGCAGCGAACCCUUGCUUGAAUUCAGUUGUUUGGCAGUUCAAAACAUGGCUGGUAACUGGAAGCUUAAGCCCACACUGGAGUCAUCCUUUUCUAUCACAUUUCAACUGGAGAAAUAAAAUUUAUAAUCUUUGUUUUUAAUGGUGCUCUCUCUCUUGUUAAUGGACAGCAGGCAAGGGUUUAAAAAUCUGCAGUUUGUAAAUGAAGAUCAUUCCAUAUAACCUAUCUACAGUAUUUUGUCAACUCUACUCUAAAUACCAAAAAUACUCUUCUAGAAGAGUCCAUGGGUGGAAGCUUCUUGUGUUAAAUGUUCACAAAUGUAAUUUCCAAAUUGCAGAUGUGCUGUCCACUCGGUUCUAGUCCCACAAUAACUGUCCCAUGUCAAGAUUUUGGAUAUUUUUUGACACCAUUGAAUGUUGUUUACUCAUUACUGACUUAAUUCUGUGUAUGCUGCAGAGAAGACUUUCACAUGUUAAGUGCAUAAGCAGUCACCAAGGCUCUAUAUACUCUAGGAUUUAGAAAUAAAGAUAUGUUAACUAAUGUUUUAAAUCCUAGUCUAGGACCUGCUCUACACAUAAGAAUUAAGUCAACCUAGCUACAUUGCUCAGGGCUGUGAACAAUUUUACAUCCUGUAUCACAGUUAGGUCAACCUAACCCCUACCAUACAUGCAGCUAUUGAAUGAGAGGUAGUUUACCUACAGCAAUGGAAAAAACCCCUUCCCACACUAGAGGAAGCAUCAUGCUACAGCAGCACAGCUGCAGUGCUGGAGCUGUGUCACUGUAGUGUAAAGAUACCCUUUACAAAGCUCAAACAAGCUUUAGAGAUGCUAGGAUCUAGAUUUUGUUUGCAUUUAAAUGACAAGCUAAAAGAAUCAAAACUACAGUUUUUGUAUACUUCUCAAAAACCCUACACUAAUUAACUUGUUCAUUUUCUUGAUAUUCAGCUUCUUACACGAGUUUUACCUCUACUAAUUUAAAUUACAGGUCCCACUCCCACUAACCUGUGAACUUGUCUGUUUGGAACAAAAGAACAUGUAACAGUGGAUUUGCAGUAAGAUUAAAGGAUUUGUAUGUUUGCAUGGAUGAAAGUGCAAUAGUUGAGAAGGGUAAGAGUCUGAUAAGUUAAGAGGUACACUAACUUGAAGUCUGCCUGAGUAGUUGAAGGACUAAAAAGUGGAGAGCUAGUUGUACUAAUAUUGAGAGUCUAUGAGAGGAAGAGAAACAAGGGGUUUGCGGAUUUGAGAAUGGCAAUAAUUUGCUAUUUUGGUAAGGACAGUUUCUGUGGUUCUUGGCAGUCCAACACCUAUUGCCAGGAUGUGUUAUGCAAUAACCUUUCCACUAUAGUAUAGUUUCAAGCAAAAAAAAAACAAAAACACUUCACUGGAGUUAAUUGUACAUGGUUUUAUAUACCAGAAAUAUAUUUUGAAUUUCUCAUAAGUUGUAGCCAUGUGUUUUGCAUUUUUUCUUCCAUUAAAGUGUAGGCCAGUUGGCUUUAACUCUUCAUGUACAAGUCUUGUGUAUAAUUUAUAUAUCAUUUAUGCAGUGCUGUAAUUUGCUUUUACCACCAUUUAACAUUAAUUGUAUAUAUUGUGGUGAUGAAACGUGAAAGGGUAUUGUUAAAGAACAUUGGCUACAUGAAUGUGACAAUUUCAAGAGCCUAUGAUGCACAUUUACAUGUUCUCUGGAUGAGUGUAUAAUAAAAUACUGCCAAGGCAUGGC